CGGCAGAUAAAAGAGCCGUGCGUGUCGCUCCUGCUGUACACCACUCCACCACUCACUGCUGCUGUGUGUGAAGACUGAAGGAGAGGAGGACCCGACCACCGCUGUGCCCGACAAUGUGAGUACACCCACCGCCAACCGCAUACUACCACCCACCAUCUACCCACCCACCGCUCUAAUAUUGUUAGGGUUUAUCAGGACUGCAGGUCUCCACUGGGCUGCAGAAUACAUGCAGAAUACAUGCUGUAUGUACAGUAUCCAGUCUCUCAGAGAAGGAGUGCUGAUCUAGGAUCAGGUCCCUCCGGUGUAUAUAUAAUCUUAGUCGUUAUGAUCCAAAGGGCAAAACUGUUCCUAGAUCAGCACUCCUUAUCCUGAUACUCACAGCUCUGGCACAGAGGAUUGAUAGAAAUAACAACACCUGUUGAAUGACUAUGUUGGGUAAACUCUUACAUAAAAGCAUUCCAAAAGGGUUCUUCGGCUGUCCCCAUAGGAGAACCAUUUGUGGUUCGAGGUAGAACUAUUUUGGGUUCCAUGUAGAACCCUCUCUGUAAAGGGUUCUAACUGGAACAAAAAGGGUUCUACCUGGAACCAAAAAUAGUUAUUCAAAGUGUUCUCCUAUGGGGACAGCUGAAGAACCCUUUCAGGUUCUAGAUAGCACCUUUUUUCUAAGAGAAGAGGGCAAUGUUCAUAUGUCUCUGUUGAGUGUUGCAUGCAUGGGUGGCAUUCAGAAUGAUAUGCUUCUGUAGAUGUACUGUGGUGUUUCGUAAAAGACUUGAUAGACUAUAGUGCAAUUGCUUUUGUGUUUUUUUCUCUCUUGCUUCUCUUUUGCUCUUGAAAUUCCCUCUGAACUGUGUUAUUUGCAUCAGAGCAUUUGUUCUAUUAUAGUUAGCUUUAUGUAUUUAAUUUUGUAGGCUAUCUUUCCCCAUUUUGAUAAAUCUUCAAUAUGUAAACACUGCAAAGAAACUUGCUGACAUGCCUUAAGCAUUUAGCCUGCAUGGGUUAUUUAUCACAAGUUUCAGAUUAGGCCACCACGGAAACAGAUUAUGAACCUCUUUUAGAAACGUUGUUUCCGUGGUGCUGCAUGGGAAAUCCUACACUAAACUACUUUCUUAAUGCUAGUUUAGAGAUGCAGAUUUUGGAGUCUGGAUAGGGCAUAAUGAACCAGCAAGUGUAUCAGCAAGGUGAUUAGGUUUAUCACCACUAAUAGAAUUUUCUGUCAAGCAAUCAAAUAGAGCAGUAGACUGAGUCGGUCACACACACACACACACACACACACACACACACACACACACACACACACACACACACCUGCAUUAGAGCGGAUUACAGGGGAUUAUGAGUAGCAGUGUUUACUGUGGUCAGUCAGGUGAAGAACACCUCUCUGUACUAUAUUAGCCUCACUAUGUUAUCUAUCUAAUCAAUAGAUAAGAAAUUACAUCAACUCACAAUAUAAGUCUGUAGUAUUUGUCAUGCUGUUCUUGUGUUCAAACCAUAUUGUAUUGGUCGCGUACACAGUUUAGCAGGUGUUAUGGCAGUUGCAGCGAAAUGCUUAUGUUCCUAGUUCAUAUCAAUCAAUGCAGUAAAUGUCAAACAAGCACACAAUAAUCCAAAAUAAAAAUAAAUGAUAAAACAUUUAGUGCAGUAGAUACAGUACCAGUCAAAAGUUUGGACACAUCUACUCAUUCCAGGAUUUUUCUUUAUUUUUACUAUUUUCUACAUUGUAGAAUAAUAGUGAAGAUAUCAAAACUAUGAAAUAACACAUAUGGAAUCAUGUAGUAACCAAAUAAGUGUUAAACAAAUCAAAAUAUAUUUUAUAUUUGAGAUUCUUCAAAGUAGCCACCCUUUGCAUUGAUGACAGCUUUGCACACUAUUGGCAUUCUCUCAACCAGAUUCAUGAGGUAGUCACCUGGAAUACAUUAAAUUAACAGGUGUGCCUUGUUAAAAGUUAAUUUAUGGAAUGAUUUCCUUCUUAAUGUGUUUGAGCCAAUCAGUUGUGUUGUGACAAGGCAGGGGUGGUAUACAGAAGAUAGCCAUAUUUGGUAAAAGACCAAGUCCAUAUUAUAGCAAGAACAGCUCAAAUAAUCAAAGAGAAACGACAGUCCAUCAUUACUUUAAGACAUGAAGGUCAGUCAAUUCGGAAAAUGUGAAGAACUUCUAACGUUUCUUCAAGUGCAGUCGCAAAAGUACCCGGUGGUAGCCGGCUAGUGACCGUGACUAAGGGGCAAAGUAGGGUACUGGGCAGAGGGCAGGAUACUGGGCGGAGGUUGUCUAGUGGUGGCUGUUUAGCAGUCUGAUGGCCUGCGGACAGAAGCUGUUUAUCAGUCUGAUGGCCUGGGGAUAGAAGCUGUUUAUCAGUCUCUUGGUCCCAGCUUUGAUGCACCUGUAUUGUCUCUGCCUUGAAGAUGGAGGACCAGUACAUGAAAAUGUAUGUACUCACUACUGUAAGUCGCUCUGGAUAAUAGUGUCUGCUAAAUGACUAAAAUGUAAAGAAUGUUUUUAAAAAUGCUGGUGUGGUCAACAAGCCGUGUCUCAGGUGGCUGGGGUCCUUGAUGAUCUUCUUGGGCUUCCUGUGACACCGGGUGCUGUAGAUGUCCUGGAGGUCAGGCAGUGUGCUUCCGUUGGGCUGACCGCACCACCCUCUGGAGAGCCCUGCGGUUGCGGACGGUGCAAUUGCCGUUCCAGGCAGUGAUACAGCCCGACAGGACGCUCUCAAUGGUGCAUCUGUAGAAGUUCGUGAGGGUCUUAGGAGCCAAAUGACGGUGUGAACGGACCAUUUCAGGUCCUCAGUGAUGUGCACACCGAGGAACUUUAAGCUUUUGACCCUCUCUCUAGAUGUGGAUGACGGCUUGUUCUCUUUGCUGUCUCCUGUAGUCCACGAUCAGUUCCUCUGUUUUGUUGAUGUUGAGGGAGAAGUUAUUUUCCUGGCACCAGUCUGCCAAGGCACUCACCUCCUCCCUGUUGGCUGUCUUGUCGUUGUUGCUAAUCAGGCCUACCACUGUUAUGUCAUCAGCAAACUUGAGUUGGAGACGUGCGUGGCCGCGCAGUCAUGGGUGAACAGGGAGUACAGGAGGGGGCUGAGCGCACACCCCUGUGGGGCCCACGUGUUGAGGAUCAGCGUGGCGGUGUUGUAGCCUUCACCACCUGGGGUUGGCCCGUCAGGAUGUCCAGGACCCAAUUUCUACACAGAGGGGUUCAGACCCAGGGCCCUGAGCUUAGUGAUGAGCUUGGAGGGCAUUACGGUGUUGAAGGCUGAGCUGUAGUCGAUGAACAGCAUUCUUACAUACAGUGGGGAGAACAAGUAUUUGAUACACUGCCGAUUUUGCAGGUUUUCCUACUUACAAAGCAUGUAGAGGUCUGUAAUUUUUAUCAUAGGUACACUUCAAUUGUGAGAGACGGAAUCUAAAACAAAAAUCCAGAAAAUCACAUUGUAUGAUUUUUAAGUAAUUAAUUUGCAUUUUAUUGCAUGACAUAAGUAUUUGAUACAUCACAAAAGCAGAACUUAAUAUUUGGUACAGAAACCUUUGUUUGCAAUUACAGAGAUCAUACGUUUCCUGUAGGUCUUGACCAGGUUUGCACAUACUGCAGCAGGGAUUUUCGCCCACUCCUCCAUACAGACCUUCUCCAGAUCCUUCAGGUUUCGGGGCUGUCGCUGGGCAAUACGGACUUUCAGCUCCCUCCAAAGAUGUUAUAUUGGGUUCAGGUCUGGAGACUGGCUAGGCCACUCCAGGACCUUGAGAUGCUUCUUACAGAGCCACUCCUUAGUUGCCCGGGCUGUUUGUUUCGGGUCGUUGUCAUGCUGGAAGACCCAGCCACGACCCAUCUUCAAUGCUCUUACUGAGGGAAGGAGGUUGUUGGCCAAGAUCUCGCGAUACAUGGCCCCAUCCAUCCUCCCCUCAAUACGGUGCAGUUGUCCUGUCCCCUUUGCAGAAAAGCAUCCCCAAAGAAUGAUGUUUCCACCUCCAUGCUUCACGGUUGGGAUGGUGUUCUUGGGGUUGUUCUCAUCCUUCUUCUUCCUCCAAACACAGCGAGUGGAGUUUAGACCAAAAAGCUAUAAUUUUGUCUCAUCAGACCACAUGACCUUCUCCCAUUCCUCCUCUGGAUCAUCCAGAUGGUCAUUGGCAAACUUCAGACGGGCCUGGACAUGCGCUGGCUUGAGCAGGGGGACCUUGCGUGCGCUGCAGGAUUUUAAUCCAUGACGGCGUAGUGUGUUACUCAUGGUUUUCUUUGAGACUGUGGUCCCAGCUCUCUUCAGGUCAUUGACCAGGUCCUGCCGUGUAGUUCUGGGCUGAUCCCUCACCUUCCUCAUGAUCAUUGAUGCCCCACGAGGUGAGAUCUUGCAUGGAGCCCCAGACCGAGGGUGAUUGACCGUCAUCUUGAACUUCUUCCAUUUUCUAAUAAUUGCGCCAACAGUUGUUGCCUUCUCACCAAGCUGCUUGCCUAUUGUCCUGUAGCCCAUCCCAGCCUUGUGCAGGUCUACAAUUUUAUCCCUGAUGUCCUUACACAGCUCUCUGGUCUUGGCCAUUGCGGAGAGGUUGGAGUCUGUUUGAUUGAGUGUGUGGACAGGUGUCUUUUAUACAGGUAACGAGUUCAAACAGGUGCAGUUAAUACAGGUAAUGAGUGGAGAAUAGGAGGGCUUCUUAAAGAAAAACUAACAGGUCUGUGAGAGCCGGAAUUCUUACUGGUUGGUAGGUGAUCAAAUACUUAUGUCAUGCAAUAAAAUGCAAAUUAAUUACUUAAAAAUCAUACAAUGUGAUUUUCUGGAUUUUUGUUUUAGAUUCCGUCUCUCACAGUUGAAGUGUACCUAUGAUAAAAAUUACAGACCUCUACAUGCUUUGUAAGUAGGAAAACCUGCAGAAUCUGCAGUGUAUCAAAUACUUGUUCUCCCCACUGUAGGUACUCCUCUUGUCCAGGUGGGAUAGGGCAGUGUGCAGUGCAAUGGCGAUUGCGUCAUCUGUGGAUCUGUUGGGGCAGUAUGCAAAUUAUAGUGGGUCUAGGUUGUCAGGUAAGAUGGAGGUGAUAUGGUCCUUAACUAGCCUUUCAAAGCACUUUAAUGAUUACAGAAGUGAUUGCUACGGAGCGAUAGUCAUUUAGUUCAGUUACCUUCGCUUUCUUGGGUGCAGUAACGAUGGUGGACAUCUUGAAGCAAAUGGGGACAACAGACUUGGAUAGUAAGACAUUGAAUAUGUCCGUAAACACUUCAGCCAGCUGGACUUUGAGGACAUGGCUUGGGAUGCCGUAUGGGCCGGAAGCCUUGCGAGGGUUAAAACGCUUAAAUGUCUUACUCGCUUUAGCCACGGAGAUUGGGAGCACACAGUCCUCGUGAGUGGCAGGGGCCCACGUCGGCGGCUCAGUGUUGUUUUCCUCGAAACAGGGCGAAGAAGGUGUUUAGUUUGUCUGGAAGCUAGGCGUCGGUGUCCGCAACGUGGCUGGCUUUCCCUUUAUAAUCUGUUAUGCUAAAUUGUGUGUGUGUGUGUGUGUGUGCACCUGCAUGUAAUCAGGUUCUUACCAGUGAUUUGAGUUGGUGGGGAUUAAGUGUAUGGGACUGUUACUGAAGGUUGGGACAAUAAAGUGGGACAUUUGUCUGUUCCAGUUGUAAAAUGGACGCUACAGAGUUCCGGAGGAGAGGGAAGGAGAUGGUAGACCUGAUAGCAGAUUACCUGGAAAACAUAGAGCAGAGGCCGGUGUACCCCGACGUGGAGCCUGGGUAUCUGCGGUCCCUCAUCCCUGAGGAGGCCCCUGAGGAGCCUGACACCUACGAAGACGUGGUCAAAGACAUUGAGAGGGUCAUCAUGCCUGGGGUAGGUGGCUUAGAUUAUUAUAUUAUCAUAGAUGAGGUGACUAUUGAUUGAAGGGUGAUAACAGCUAUAAAAUGACGGUCACACUUUACUUGAAGGUGGCAUACAUACGGCAUUCAUAACUUGCUCUAGGUCAGGUACUCUGUUAUUGGAGAUCUGCUAUCUCCCAGAUUUCAUCAGUGAAAAGUUCAGAAUUAAAUAUUAUAAUAUUGAUGAUACCAAUAGGCUGUUUACCCAGUGGCAUCCGGCUGCAUUAAACGAUCACGAGAACAUACACAACACUCAAUACACACAGUCACCCAACCGCUAACCCUGUGCUGCUCCCAACCUCUUACAUGGCAGUAAGAAUAAACAUCUCCACUCUACAAUGGAUAAAUAAAGAUUUAUUUCAAGAGAUUAUUAAAUAUAUUGAAUAAAUGUGUUAUAAAGGUUGUUAUUAAUCAUACUGCAAUACUCAUUAAGGUGUUAUGACAGGAUUCAUAAAGGUGUUGUGAAUCUCUUAUGCAUACUUCAUUAUGAAUAGGUGGUGCAUAUGGAAUUAAAUAUUUUUCUAGGAAAAAGGAGGGGUGGCAUUAUCACUAUCUGUAUCAACUUCCGGUCUGUUGACUGUUGUUUAGUAAUCAUUCAGAAUAUGUAUAGUAAGGAGCUUCAGUGUUGAAAGUUUUGUCAACGAGACAAAGUGUUCCAUUGUACUUUGUUGUUUGUGCUGAGCAAUCAGUUAAUGAAAGCUCACGUUAACUGUAUAUGACACGUAUCAGCUAUAGAGUUGUUUUUACAAAUGGUUGUAAAAUGCUCUGCAUUCUGUGGCCUUUCACAUGGCAAAGUUCAAAGAUUUUAAUGAAUGAUUAACCUCACAACAAUAACCUCAUCACCAGUUUCAAUCUAUCUGCCCCCUACUCCCAACCCAAACCCUUUCCUUAGCUGUAACAUGAAAGCCGUUAUUCCAUUAUCAAUCUGACCCUCUAAAACAUGUUUUUUUCCUCUACCACCUCUGCUUUUAACAGUGUGGAAUAAGCCCAGUUAGUCUAAUGAAUGACUCACCAUGGGAAAAGCAUGUAAGGGAGACAGACAGGGACACUGGCAGCCUCUUGCUUGGUGCCCCACACACACACAAGACUGGAAUUCAGCCUGGAGCAGUUUAUCGGGUUAACUGCCUUGCUCAAGGGCUAGAGCAGUUUAGGGGUUAAGUGCAUUGCUCAAGGGCUCAGUGGCACCACGGCAAGACAUGGUAGAGGAAGGCCCUAAACAUUGCCAAAGACUCCAGCCACCCUAGUCAUAGACUGUUCUCUCUGCUACCGCACGGCAAGCGAUAGCGGAGUGCCAAGUCUCGGUCCAAAAGGCUUCUUAACAGCUUCUACCCCCAAGCCAUAAGACUCCUGAACAGCUAAUCAAAUGGCUACCCGGACUAUUUGCUAUUCUCUGUUUAUUAUCUAUAUCAUAGUCACUUUACCUCUACCCACAUGUACAUAUUACCUCAAUUACCUCGGCUAACCUGUGCCCCCGCACAUUGGCUCUGUACCGGUACCCAGUGGCGUAAAGUACUUAAGUAAAAAUACUUGAAAGUACUACUUAAGUAGUAUUUUUUUGGGUAUCUUUACUUUACUUUACUAUUUACAUUUUUGACAACUUUUACUUUUACUUCACUACAUUCCUAAAGGAAAUUAUAUACUUUUUACUCCAUACAUUUUCCCUGACACCCAAAAGUACUCAUUACAUUUUGAAUGCUUAGCAGGACAGGAAAAUAUUCUAAUUCACACACUUAUCAAGAGAACAUCCCUGGUCAUCCCUACUGACUCUGAUCUGGCGGACUCACUAAACACAUGCUUCGUUUGUAAAUGAUGUCUGAGUGCUGGAGUGUGCCCCUGGCUAUCCGUAAAUAAAUAAAAAAGAAAAGAAAAUGGUGCCGUCUGGUUUGCUUAAUAUAAGGAAUUUGAAAUGAUUUAUACUUUCACUUUGACUUUUGAUACUUAAGUAUAUUUGAGCAAUUACAUUUACUUUUGAUACUUAAGUAUAUAUAAAAAUAAAAUAAAAACUUUUAGACUUUUACUCAAGUAGUAUUUUACUGGGUGACUUUCACUUUUACUUGAGUCAUUUUCUAUUAAGGUAUCUUUACUUUUAUUCAAGUAUGACAAUUGGGUACUUUUUCCACCGCUGCCGGUACCCCCUAUAUAUAGCCUCGCUACUGUUAUUUUACUGCUACAUUAUUUGUUAUUUUUCUAUUUUUCUAUUUUUCUUCUUUAUUUAGUUUUACUUACCUAUUUUUUACUUAACACUUAUUUUUCUUAAAACUGCAUUGUUGGUUAAUGGCUUGUAAGUAAGCAUUUCACUGUAAGGUCUACACCUGUUGUAUUCGGCGCAUGUAACCUAUAGGCUACCUGACACGACUCUUCCUCUGUGUUUAGGUGACCCACUGGCACAGCCCGUACUUCUAUGCCUACUUCCCCACGGCUAACUCCUUCCCGGCCAUGCUGGCAGACAUGCUGUCUGGAGCAAUUGGUUGCAUCGGAUUCUCCUGGGUAUGUAUGACCUUGUCAUCUGUUUCUGUCACCCUCUCUCUUUCUUUUGAAUGUGAUUUUUAUCUUUUAUUUUUUAUUUAACUAGGCAAGUCAGUUAAGAACAAAUUCUUAUUUACAAUGACGGCCUACACCGGCCAAACCCGGACGACGCUGGGCCAAUUGUGCGCCGCCCUAUGGGACUCCCAAUCACGGCCGGUUGUGAUACAGCCUGGAAUCCAACCAGGGGGUCUGUAGUGACGCCUCGAGCACUGAGAUGCAGUGCCUUAGACCGCUGCGCCACUCGGGAGCAGUAUCACAGUAUCACAGUAUCAUUAUUGAACAGUAUCACUAUUUUAAGACAUUAAAGGGUUAGUUCACCCAAAUUACAAAAUGACACAUCGGCUUCCUUACCCUGUAAGCAGAUUAUGGACAAGGUAUGACAGAAAUCCAUGCUUUGGUUUAGAUUCCAUGGCACUGUUUCCACAUUUUUACGUUUUAGCAUUUGUGGCACAAAUCCCAUUCAAUUCAUUGGACCGAUAUUAGCAUUUUUUGCGCAUCAUGUCCAAAUGGUGUGGUAACUCCACGGUACUGUAGGCUGCCAGUCCGGCAUGUACAGAGCUGCGUGUUGACCCUGUCUCUAACCCCAUGUUACUAUAGGCUGCCAGCCCGGCGUGUACAGAGCUGGAGACAGUCAUGAUGGACUGGCUUGGGAAGAUGCUCAAGCUGCCAGAGGACUUCAUUGCCGGGACACAUGGACAGGGAGGAGGCGUCAUCCAGGUAUGGUAAAACUACCCACCAUUUCUUUGGGGUUAGACAAUGCAUUGGUUUUAUUUACACAGUUGUAUUGCUGCAUUGCCACAGCAUACUUUAAAAUACAUUUAAUUACUCAAUUAAUGAAUUUAACUGAAACAUUUAAUGGGAUAUUUGUCAUAGUCAUAUUUCAAGUAAGGAUAGCCAAGUCAAUAUAAUUCAAAUAUUUGUACAGAACACAUGGCAUUCACAAUAGUGUCAAUACCAUAUUUAUCCACAGUCCGUGCCACUUUGCCUUUGAAAACAAUGCAGGUGUUAGGAAAAUAGAAGAAGCAAUUGACUGCUCCCAAUUCUGUCGCUGCCAGCAAUUUGUCUGUCAUAUUUUUUGUUGUUCUUUUUCGCCUCACAACACCAGAGAAACAGCAGGAAAUUGCCUUUUAAUAUGUCAGGCAAAGAUGGGCUAGUGUGUGUGUGUUUGUUGGGGGUGUGGGUACUUAUUUUGUGUGGUGAAGCGUUCAGCGUUUAUUUAUUGUUGUGGAUACAGCAGAGCAGCUGAGGUGAAUGUCUCAGCCAGGGAUGAGAUAGGAGAGUUGGCUGAGAGAGAGAGAGAUCAUUUCAUGGCCCUUUAUUGAAGCCAUCGAGGAGCAUGGCUCAUCCUAGGGGUGUUUUGUUUGUGGCUGUGGUUUUAAGUGCCCUUCACUAUGGCAACAAAUAGGCCUCCUCUCACUUGUUGCCAGCCUAAUGAGAGCUGUGACAAGUUGCAGGCAUCUCACAUGAUGUACCAUGUUCAGAUGAGCAUUUGAGUAUGAGAUGCAUUUAGGAGCAGUUUUUUAUUUAUUUAUUUUUUAGCAGACGCUCUUAUCCAGAGCGACUUACAGUUAGUGAGUUCAUACAUUUUCAUACUGGCCCCCCGUGGGAAACGAACCCACAACCCUGGCGUUGCAAGCGCCAUGCUCUAACUGAGCUACAGGGUACUGUAGCUAAUGAGUGAGAUUUGUGUUUAUGAUUGCGAGUGAAAUUAUAAUACUGUCAAAUCAAAUUGUAUUCGUUACAUGCUUCGUAAACAACGUGUGGACUAACAGUGGAAUGCUUACUUACGGGCCCAACAAUGCAGAGUGAAAGAAAAUAGAGAAAUAAUUGAAAAAUAAAGCAUGUAAUAAUAAAAGUAAUAACAGAUACACAAUGAGAAACAAUAACUUGGCUAUAUACUGUACACGGGGUACCAGUAGUGAGUCGAUGUGCAGGGGUACAAGGUACAGUGGGGAAAAAAAGUAUUUAGUCAGCCACCAAUUGUGCAAGUUCUCCCACUUAAAAAGAUGAGAGAGGCCUGUAAUUUUCAUCAUAGGUACACGUCAACUAUGACAGACAAUAUGAGAAAGAAAAAUCCAGAAAAUCACAUUGUAGGAUUUUUAAUGAAUUUAUUUGCAAAUUAUGGUGGAAAAUAAGUAUUUGGUCAAUAACAAAAGUUUCUCAAUACUUUGUUAUAUACCCUUUGUUGGCAAUGACACAGGUCAAACGUUUUCUGUAAGUCUUCACAAGGUUUUCACACACUGUUGCUGGUAUUUUAGCCCAUUCCUCCAUGCAGAUCUCCUCUAGAGCAGUGAUGUUUUGGGGCUGUCGCUGGGCAACACGGACUUUCAACUCCCUCCAAAGAUUUUCUAUGGGGUUGAAAUCUGGAGACUGGCUAGGCCACUCCAGGACCUUGAAAUGCUUCUUACGAAGCCACUCCUUCGUUGCCCGGGCGGUGUGUUUGGGAUCAUUGUCAUGCUGAAAGACCCAGCCACGUUUCAUCUUCAAUGCCCUUGCUGAUGGAAGGAGGUUUUCACUCAAAAUCUCACAAUACAUGGCCCCAUUCAUUCUUUCCUUUACACGGAUCAGUCGUCCUGGUCCCUUUGCAGAAAAACAGCCCCAAAGCAUGAUGUUUCCACCCCCAUGCUUCACAGUAGGUAUGGUGUUCUUUGGAUGCAACUCAGCAUUCUUUGUCCUCCAAACACGACGAGUUGAAUUUUUACCAAAAAGUUAUAUUUUGGUUUCAUCUGACCAUAUGACAUUCUCCCAAUCCUCUUCUGGAUCAUCCAAAUGCACUCUAGCAAACUUCAGACGGGCCUGGACAUGUACUGGCUUAAGCAGGGGAACACGUCUGGCACUGCAGGAUUUGAGUCCCUGGCGGCGUAGUGUGUUACUGAUGGUAGGCUUUGUUACUUUGGUCCCAGCUCUCUGCAGGUCAUUCACUAGGUCCCCCCGUGUGGUUCUGGGAUUUUUGCUCACCGUUCUUGUGAUCAUUUUGACCCCACAGGGUGAGAUCUUGCGUGGAGCCCCAGAUCGAGGGAGAUUAUCAGUGGUCUUGUAUGUCUUCCAUUUCCUAAUAAUUGCUCCCACAGUUGAUUUCUUCAAACCAAGCUGCUUACCUAUUGCAGAUUCAGUCUUCCCAGCCUGGUGCAGGUCUACAAUUUUGUUUCUGGUGUCCUUUGACAGCUCUUUGGUCUUGGCCAUAGUGGAGUUUGGAGUGUGACUGUUUGAGGUUGUGGACAGGUGUCUUUUAUACUGAUAACAAGUUCAAACAGGUGCCAUUAAUACAGGUAAUGAGUGGAGGACAGAGGAGCCUCUUAAAGAAGAAGUUACAGGUCUGUGAGAGCCAGAAAUCUGUCAUAGUUGACGUUGACCUAUAAUGAAAAUUACAGGCCUCUCUCAUCUUUUUAAGUGGGAGAACUUGCACAAUUGGUGGCUGACUAAAUACUUUUUUCCCCCACUGUAAUUAAAGUAGAUAUGUACAUAUAACUAGGAAUAAAGUGACAGAUAGUAAACAAUAGAAGCAGUGUAUGUGAUGAGUCAAAGAAGUUAGUGCAGAAAGGGUCAAUGCAGAUAGACCGGGUAGCUGUUUUGUUAACUAUUUAACUCAUUAUUUAGCAGUCUUAUGGCUUGGGGGUAGAAGCUGUUCAGGGUCCUGUUGGUUCCAGACUUGGUGCAUCGGUACCGCUUGCCAUGUGGUAGCAGAGACAACAGUCAUUAACUUGGGUGGCUGGAGUCUUUGACAAUUCUUAGGGCCUUCCUCUGACACCAACUGGUAUAGAGGUCUUGGAUGGCAGAAAGCUCGGCCCCAGUGAUGUACUGGGCCGUACGCACUACCCUCUGUAGCAUCUUGCGGUCGGAUGCCAAGCAGUUGCCAUACCAAGCGGUGAUGCAGCCAGUCAAGAUGCUCUCAAUGGUGUAGCUGUAUAACUUUUUGAGGAUAUGAGGACCUAUGACAAAUCUUUCAACAACAUUAUUUGGGUAUGAGUUAACAGAAUGUGGACAGUUACUUUAAUCCUUGUAUUUGAAGAGAUUAAUUGUUUGUUCCAUUGACCAUGCUCAGGUAGGGGGUGUGUCAAUCAAGCUGCGUUCGGGAGUGCCAAUUAUGCUGUGAAAUGUGUAUCCUGGCUUUUAAUGCUUUAGGCAUGGUUCUACAAUAUUAUUUAAAAGUGUAUAGGCUAAUUAUGUAAAGUCAAAUAUAUUACCUCAAGAUGGUCAUGAUGAUUUGUAGCCUACGUUCAUGUAGGCUUUAUUUAUUAAACAUGUUGAUUUAUGAUUGCUAUCCUAUUUAAUACCUGUCAUUAAUCUACUAGACAGACAGACAGGGUUAAGGUUGGAAUACUGUCUGCUGCCAUGCAGACAUGAUCGAGGCCUGGUUUAGGCUGUUUGAGAGUGCAGCGUUAAGUUUAGGUCUAUUGUCUGUUUAUCCCCACUUUCUGUUCCUCUCUUCAUCGACCUGUAUGAUAUUUUUGUUGUACAUAUUUUGUAGGCCUGCAUAGUGUACCGUUUUGCCGGCUUUAUUUUGUACUCCCUGUAAAUAGACUAAACACGCUCAUCCUGAGUUUUACACCGUACCAACUUGUCUGCCGCCUCCUUCCUGAAGCCUCCACCGCCAGAGCGCCACUUCACACCGGUGUAAAAAUCAGGAUGGAUUGAUUUAUGUCAUCAAACUUGAUAUCUCCAAUAGUUCAGGAGUCAUGCUCAAUAUUUAUAAUCUGAACAUUUGUUUUGCCGCAUACAAUUUCCUAAAUAAUAGUUGUACAAUGACUUGCUGCUGUCUGUGACAUAUCAGUUAUUUUCAGUCAUUAAGGUGUGGACAUUAUAGUCAACAGGCAGGCUAGCAGAUAGGACCAAAGGAGAUUCUAACAGCACAACAAGCUGACUCAAUAGGCAUUGAUGAUGCUUAGAGUGGCUGUGCAUAUGAAUAGCCUCAGCAAAGAACAAGAGUUCUUUGAAAACCAUCAGGUUUGUAUGGAGCAGAUUUUACAUGUAAAGUAAGUUUUUUUAUCAAACAUUUUGCACUGAUUAGCUGAUCUAACCAGACUUCCAGACCGUUUCUCUGGGCCCUCCCUAUGACACCAGAGGAGGUACAUGUUGCAAGGCCUACUGGUUUGACUGAAGUAAUCGAAAGUCACCCCACUUACCUUCCUCUGUCUUUCUGUAGGGUACGGCCAGUGAGGCGACUCUGGUGGCUCUCCUAGCUGCCCGCUCCAGGGCGGUCAGAAUGAUCCUGGCCAGUGACCCACAGCGUCCAGAGACUGACAUCACCUCCAAAUUGGUGGCCUACUCCUCCGACCAGGUCAGGCUUCUACUCUUACUCCUGCUAAUCCUACUCCUACCCUGAACAGGUCAGGCCACAAAACCAGAUGAGCACUUUAGAGCACUUUAACCCAAUGAGUCCCAACGUAAUGCUGGUGCGUUUUGGACUUCUAAUUUAUCUAUUGGUUAACAAUGUUAACCAAUAGAUAAAGAGGAAAUAAUUCCCAAAAUAAUUAAAAGAAAAAACAAACAUACUGGUGCCAGUAAAUGUUUGUUUUUUCUCUUUAUAAUUUUGGGUAUUAGUUCCUCUUUAUCUAUUGUUUAAGAUAAUAUACUGUAUAUCACCUCUCCUUUCAUUUCUGGUCAUUAAUUUCACCUGUCACUGCUGUGCACCUGUGCACCCUGAAGAAGGCCUGUGAGCCGCAACGCGUUGGUGCUUCAGGAAACAAAGGAAAGGAGGGGUGCUCAACAACAAUGACAAAAAUCAUGAGUAGGUGUCACGAUCGUCGGGAACAGAGGAGGACCAAGGCGCAGCGUUGAAGGCAAACAUACUCUUUAUUAGUGAAUAACCAAACAAAACAACAAAAACGAUAACGUGACAUCCACGGUCUAAACACAAACCACACUGGAACAAGAUCCCACAACCACUGUGGGAAAACAGCCUGUCUAAAUAUGGUUCCCAAUCAGAGACAACCAGCAACAGCUGACACUCGUUGCCUCUGAUUGGGAACCACUCUGGCCAACCUAGAAAUACAACUACUAGAAAAACAAAUGAAACUCACACCCUGGCUCAACAUACAAGUGUCCCCAGAGCCAGGGCGUGACAGUAGGGCUUACAAAGCAGGGUUCUUCAAUUCCGGUCCUGGAGGGCCGAGACACCUCUGUUUUUCAUCCUCUCCUUCUAAUCAGGGGCUAAUUCAGACCUGGGACACCAGGUGAGUGCAAUUAACUACCAGGUAGAAAUAAAAAACAUAAGUGUUUCGGCCCUCCAGGACCGGAAUUGAAGAACCCUGGCCUAGAGGCCCAUUGAGACACAACAAUAUAAAACAAUUAUAAUGAUAAUAUGUUUCAAGGUAAAUGGUCAAUUAUAGCAUAAAAUAAUACUAAUGAUAAGAUAAAUAAUGUCUCGUUAAUCAAUGCGUCAUUAAUUUUACCACUACAAAUGUAAUAUACUGUACAUGCUCAAUUGCACAUUAUUUAUCUUAUUAUUAGUAUUAUUUUGUGCUAUAAUUUGCCAUUUACCUUGAAACAUAUUAUCAUUAUUAUUUUCCUACCUUGUGUCUCAAUGGGCCACUAGGCUAUAAAUAGUGCAAUGGUCAGGUCACUCUGAGGAAGACGUCAGCUUGACGUCGAAACGUCAGUCACCUGUUCGCAUCCUGUUCAAUGGAUUAACGUGAGCUAAAAUAAAUACAUCUCUGCUUUUUUUGUUGCGUGCUCCAACUCCUUUCUGCCUUGAAUUAGUCAUUUUGGACGUUUCUCUUGGUAAGCCCUUCUCAUGAUAUGGGUCUGUUUGUCAGGCAGCACCGUCAUGCUAGCUCUGCUCUGUUGACCUGAGCAGGAUGAGAUUAGGUUAUGGAUCUGCCCAGAGGACAACACUGCCCUUUAUGGGGAAGAGGGUAACAGCCCUUUUCUCUAGAAGUGACGUUACACAGUACAACUGGUCCUUUAACGUCUUACUUGAUGGACGGACUACAUACAUUAUUUCAUCUUUGGGUGAAUGUACAGUACUAUAUGCCGAGAUAGAAUGAUAAUUUAGAAUGGUGUAAAAUAACCUGAUCUGGCUUAGGUCUGGUGGCCGUGAUGAUGUUGGCUAUCUUUAAGUCACCAAAAUCAUUAUCUCUCUUUGGGCUGUGAUCAAAUAAAAUUGUAUUUGUCACAUGUGCCGAAUACAACAGGUAGAUACCUUACCGUGAAAUGCUUACUUACAAGCCCUUAACCAACAAUGCAGUUCAAGAAAUAGAGUUAAGAAAAGAUUUACUAAAUAAACUAAAGUAAAAAAUAAAAUAACAAUAACGAGGCUAUAUAGAGGGGGUACCGGUACCGAGUCAAUGUGCAGGGGUACAGGUUAGUCGAGGUAAUUUGUACAUGUAGGAAGGGGUAAAGUGACUAUGCAUAGAUAAUAAACAGCGAGUAGCAGCAGUGUAAAAACAAAGGGGGGGGGGGGGUCAAUGGAAAUAGUCUGGGUGGCCAUUUGAUUUAUUGUUCAGCAGUCUUAUGGCUUGGGGGUAGAAGCUGUUAAGGAGCCUUUUGUACCUAGACUAGGCGCUCCGGUACCGCUUGCUGUGCGGUAGCAGAGAGAACAGUCUAUGACUUGGGUGACUUGAGGGAAAAUGUUGGGCCUUCCUCUGACACCGCCUAGUAUAUAGGUCCUGGAUGGCAGGAAGCUUGGCCCCAGUGAUGAACUGGGCUGUACGCACUACCCUCUGUAGCGCCUUACGGUCGGAUGCCGAGCAGUUGCCAUACCAGGUGGUGAUGCAACCGGUCAGGAUGCUCUCGAUGGUGCAGCUGUAGAACGUUUUUAGGAUCUGGGGACCCAUGCCAAAUCUUUUCAAUCUCCUGAGGGGGAAAGGUGUUGUUGUGUCCUCUUCACGACUUUCUUGGUGUGUUUGAACCAUGACAGUUUGUUGGUGAUGUGGACACCAAGGAACUUGAAACUCUCGACCCGCUCCACUACAGCCCCAUUGAUGUGAAUGGUGGCGUGUUCGGCCCUCCUUUUCCUGUAGUCCACGAUCAUCUCCCUUGUCUUGCUCACAUUGAGGGAGAGGUUGUUGUCCUGGCACGAUGUUGUUGGCUAUCUUGGGAGCUCUACUCUCUUGAAGUGACCUACAUGUAUAUAAUCUACUCUCUUUGGGUUGGGACAUAGGGACAUCACCUGUGUUAACUCUACUCUCUUUGAACAGGCUCAUUGCUCGGUGGAACGAGCAGGUAUGAUUGCCGGAGUGAGGAUGAAGAAGAUUCCAACGGAGCAGUCAGACAAGUAUGCUGUCCAGGGAGAGACCCUCCGGAGAAUGAUACAGGAAGACAAGGCUGCAGGACUCAUCCCCUUCUACGUAAGAACAGAACACACUCAUCCCCUUCUAUGUAAGAACAGAACACUCAUCCCCUUCUGUGUAAGAACAGAACACUCAUCCCCUUCUAUGUAAGAACAGAACACUCAUGCCCUUCUAUGUAAGAACAGAACACUCAUUCCCUUCUAUGGAAGAACAGAACACUAAUUCCCUUCUAUGUAAGAACAGAACACUAAUUCCCUUCUAUGUAAGAACAGAACACUCAUUCCCUUCUAUGUAAGAACAGAACACUCAUCCCCUUCUAUGUAAGAACAGAACACUCAUCCCCUUCUAUGUAAGAACAGAACACUCAUCCCCUUCUGUGUAAGAACAGAACACUCAUCCCCUUCUAUGUAAGAACAGAACACUCAUCCCCUUCUAUGUAAGAACAGAACACUCAUUCCCUUCUAUGGAAGAACAGAACACUAAUUCCCUUCUAUGUAAGGAACAGAACACUAAUUCCCUUCUAUGUAAGAACAGAACACUCAUUCCCUUCUAUGUAAGAACAGAACACUCAUCCCCUUCUAUGUAAGAACAGAACACUCAUCCCCUUCUAUGGAAGAACAGAACACUCAUUCCCUUCUAUGGAAGAACAGAACACUCAUUCCCUUCUAUGGAAGAACAGAACACACGUCCAUUUACAUGGACAAGCUUCAAGGCAGCAGAUUGGCAGUUAGAAUAGACACAUUCAUUCUCCCCUCAUUAUAAAGAAUAUGCCACAAUCAAUUGUCCAGUCAAUAGUCAAUCAGAAAUAACCAAUAGUCCAAUACAGUCCACAAACACACGCUUAUGAAUAUAAUGUAAAGUACUGUAUGUUUCCAGAAAGAACAGUGCGUAGAGAAACAACAGUCUAGCCCUAGAACCCACACAGACUCACAGUGGCAACAGUUGAACGGUGAAUUACAUAUUUCCCCCCAUCUUCCUCUCCCUGUCCAAUGCUGUUUGUGUGUACCAAAUAAAAUAAAAUAAAAUUAAAUUGUAUUUGUCAUAUGCGCCGAAUACAACAGGUGUAGACCUUACAGUGAAAUGCUUACUUACAAGCCCUUAACCAACAAUACAGUUUUAAGAAAGAAUACCACAAAAAAAUCACAAAAAAAUACAAUAUAAAAUAAUACCAUGCCAUGAGGCCUCAAUAGCAGCUAAUGUUAUUUGUAACAAACCAAAUGAAACUGGAUCUUGUUAACCCAUGAUAAAAGCCAGGAGAUCAGUAUCUAUAAAUGAUUACUAUACUGUCCUAGUCUGUCUCCCGACAUACAAAGAUAUCCUAAUCACAGUGUUUAUCUGAAUGGACAAAUCUCUUUCUAUGGCUGUCUUUAGAGGAGGAAAUUACCGGCAUGAUUACCAUAACGUUCAAGUAUUAUGGUGUUAUAUUUUCAGUUAUGCUAGAGCCCUUUGUUAGACCAUGAUAAUACACCUCACUCAUUGUUAUCAUAAUGAUGAUACUUUCUGAGUUGUUGAUUUUUGUUCUUUCAUUUAGUUCUGUGCUACUCUUGGGACCACUCCCUCAUGUGCAUUUGAUCACAUUACUGAACUUGGGCCCAUAUGUAAGUACGAUUCUCAAAUCAUUAUUAACAUAUUCCUAAAAGCUGUCUAUUAGCACUGACACAUGGUUGUAGACUGCUAACGCCAUAGAAAUCUACUGCACAGCCAUGUCUCAGGACCAGCUCUAUAUGUUUCUAUACUACUGUUCCUACGCAUUUGUAUUUUUGUCUCAGGUAAUGCAGAGAAAAUCUGGAUGCACAUUGAUGCUGCAUAUGCUGGGAGUUCCUUUAUCUGUCCUGAAUUCAGACCCCUGUUGAACGGCAUUGAGGUUAGUAAACCACACACACACACAGUCACACACACACAGUCUUGUACAACUAACCACACACACACACAGACACACACGUAUGUCUUUGUUUAACUUCCAGUUAAAUUGCCAGUGAACAUACUUGCUUACACAAGUAGCUAAGUGCAAUAUAUUUAUUUCAUCAUAGUAUUUACACCCAUUAUGAUUUGUGUUUGAUAAUAACUUAAUUUGACUGUCAAGAAGGAAGUGUGCUAGAAUGAGUAAUAUGCCAAAAAAUCGGUAGGAAAUUAGAAAAGCAUCAGUUGGCCUUUUGAAUAGCAUGCUUCUCUACAACCGAGCGGAGUCGAGUGGAGCGCCACACUGAGAGCACAGAUAAGGCUAAAGUAAUUUCCUCAGGCAUCAUCAGACCUUUAGAUAAAACCCUGCUGCUCUCCUCGUCAAAGAAAUAUCACUGUUUAUUAGCGACACAAGUUCAAAUAAUGUUGGAGAGGGGGGGUGGGGGUGGGGGGCAGGGAUGUAGUAGAGGAGCCGGUCACGCACAAACACACACACACACACACACAAACACACACACACACGCCUGAAUGACAGGCAGUCAGGCACACCGGCUCCCUCUGCAGCUGAGGCUGGUUGCUAGGAUAUCAGUGAUAGGCAGCCUCCUGCAUCUGUCAGCAUGGUAACAACUGGGCACGAGCCCCUCUGAUUGAUAUUGUCUCCUAUUGCUGCCUGCUUUUAUUGGAUCUGUGAAGGCAGAUGGGAAGGAUAUUAGAAAAGCAGUGAUAGAGAGCAAAUAGAUGAGACUGGAGAUUUCUCUCUUUGAGAAACCAAGAUGGUGACAAUAGAGUUAUUGUGCAGGAUGCUCUAUUUAGCAUUUCAAAUAAAGGUUGCCUAGGUGUUAGAUAUGCUGCAUACGCCAUAUAUUUGAAGCCAUUCUAUUGAAAUAUUGUUAUCUGUUGUGGUAGUAGGCCAGCUGCAGUCAGCGCAAACCUAGUGAUGGCAGCAAGGGGCUUUGACAAGUCAAAUAUAUUCUAAGACCACUGUUUUCCUACAAUUAAAUGAAGGAAAAAAAUUGUUUGUGUAUUAAGAAGGUGACCUGUACAUUUGGGUCAAAAUCAUCUGAUUGAAAGGCUUGAACUCUUUUAUCUCUUUCAGUUUGCAGACUCUUUCAAUUUCAACCCACACAAAUGGCUGUUAGUCAACUUUGACUGCUCUACAAUGUGGUAAGUUAUCAAGUGAUUGACAGUCGGCCUUUGUAUAAACAUUGUUUUAUUAUUGAACAGGUUGUUUUAUCUGACCAGGGGGACAGUCUGUAAGAUUCCCUGCUGGUCAUUUAAAUAAAAACGUAAAACUACCUUAAGUAAAAUCUUUAUUUUUAUCAUAUACAUUUUUUUACAUUGUUUUUGUAUGACCCAUUUGUUUCUUUUCUGUUCUAUGGGGGAGAGGGGAGCGGCUUCACCAUGGUUUUUAAUUUAGCAAAAAAGUACAAACAUUUUAAAAAUCUAAACUGCCUUAUGAGCUCAUCACAACACUGUGCAACUGUAUACAUGUCUAUAACCUAAAAUCUAAGGUUGUACUAUGCUCCCCAUCCUUAGUUACACUGUUGCUUAAUGUGGCUAUUGACUACACCACUCUACAAUAGGCCGUCAUAACAACGUCACCUCCAGAGGCGCUAUCCGUACACCUAAAGCAUUCCUUAAACAGAGUGGGUGGGAGUAGGCAUCCCAUCUGCCCUCUCGCUCAUCACCCCACAAACAACUCCAACAUUUCUUGUUGAUAGAACGCUCAAUGCCCUCUUCCAUCCCCGGUGGGUUGCCAUGACAAAGUCAGUUAACAAAGGAAAUGACUUAUGUAAAGAGAGACUUAUGUAGUCUGCUCAGAAAUAGCUGUCUGCUUCUUUUUUAUGACGCUAUAGUGUAUUUUAGUAACUGGAACAAAGUUACAAUUACUUGUAGCAUCUCAGUUUAUGAAUGGUAGUAUGGUAUUCAGAAAGAAAGGAGGACAAAGGUACUCUUCAUCAAAUUAAUUCAAAUGCCUUUAUUUGUAUGUCAUGUUCAAUGGAAACAACGUUUAAAAACUCUGACGAGUUUCGGCUGCAUGGCCUUUUUUUUCUGGUAGUAUGGUAUUAUUGGUUUAUAACAAUUUGUAACAAUACGUCAGGUGAAUGUGUUACUGAGAAACCCUGGUAUCACUUAUGAUCUUACUUCCUUAUUUCAUGCUCAACUGGUUGUGAAAACAGAAUUCUUUCAACUCAUUCUCAGAGACUAAAUCUAGAGCACAAGUUGUGCCAAGUCAUUGUUUACAAAACAUUAUUUCUGCUGCCUGCUGCAGUGUCAUCCCUGUAGGGUGUCCCCUUAGACCAUUGUCACUUUAUAAUACAAUACAACUUUAUUGUUCAAUAUGAAGUUAACAAAAAUAUUAUAUACUUCAAUAAAAUAGAGAUUAUUCUUUUGUAAGACUUAAUGUAACACUGAACAACUUCUGUAUGUGGGGGAGCCUGUUUUCUGUGCUUUUCUUUAAAAAGCCUUGCCCUUUAGCCUACCCUUCUGUAUUCUGUGGGAGCUCUCAGAGGGUAACAGUGUUUAAGUGUUUCAAUGUCUGUCCAUAGGGUGAGGAAAAGAUCUGAUCUCAUUGGGGCCUUCAAGAUGGAUCCUCUAUACCUGAAACAUGAUCAUCAAGAGUCAGGUAGAUAUUUUUACAUUGACAAUAGUCUAUAUUGACAUAACUUUUUUGUUUUAUUCCCAAUCUAUUAGGUUUAAAUGUGGUAAAUCUAGCAAUAGUCUCUUCAGUCUAUGUACAGUAUAGUGGUUUAAUUUGAUGAAGUGCAGAUGAUUCCUGGAGUCCCUGUAAUGUAAUGUGAUGUGAAUGGUGUUAGUGUGAGAGCCCAGUACGUCACAUUAAGGAUCUGAGGGUCUGUCGGGUUACUCACCUCACAAUCCUGCUGGCUUUAAGCUUGAUAAUAAACCCAAGGUGGAUAAACUAAUACUCACCACCAUAGCCCCAUAUUUUAUGUGGUUAGGAAGUUUGUGUGUGUGUGUGUACGCGUGGAAACAUGUGUGUGCACGCUUGUGUGUGUCUGCAAACGUGUGUGUGGGUGCAUGUGUUCAUGUAGUUGUACCGUAUGUUUGUGUGUACUUGUGUUAGAGAGCUAAUACAAUAAGGCCUCCAAACGCUCACCUAAUAACACGCCUUACACAAUAUGUGUCACUCUAAAACAAUCCAAUUCAAUUACCGAUGUCCCUCACGUCCUCCCAACAAAACAUUUGCACUGUAAUAGUCCAGUAAUGGUCCUGUUGCAUCGCUGCCUGCCAGUGUUAGCCAGCGACAGAGUGUCACCCAUCUUAGAUGCAGAUGUAGUCUGUGUCCCAAUUGGAACCCUAUUCCUUGAAUAGUGCACUACUUUGACCAGGGCCCAUAGGACUCGGGUCAAAAGUAGUGCACUAUGUAGGGAAUAGGAUGCCAUUUGGAACGCAACUGUACACAACACAAAUGUCUGCCUCUGCCAGGCUGCAGCUGUGCCUGAAGCCUCCUCUUUAAAUGGACUGACAGAAAGACAAAAGACUCGCCGACCUCUCCUCACAGAGGGAGGCUGCUCAAUCUGAACAGCUCCAGCUCAAUGAAAUUACAGGUUAUUACUACUGCAACAGGGCUUUUCUACUUUAUGUGGAGGCAAUGAGAGAGAGAGAGAGAGAGAGAGAGAGAGAGAGAGAGAGAGAGAGAGAGAGAGAGAGAGAGAGAGAGAGAGGUAAUGAUUUGGUAUAAAGGUCAGUGAUGGUAACAACAUUCCAUAAUAUGCUAAUAAUUAUGGUAUAGACACACAAGUGAUGGACUACAUUUAAUUAAAAUGUUGGCUGUGAAUUGCUAAUAGUAUAAUUACUCAUCUGUUUAUUUACAGGGCUGGUCACAGAUUACAGGGUAAGCUGAAUGGUUAUCUAUUAUCAUUAUAUUCUGUCUAUGUGUAAGAGUGGCACUGGAUGUCAUAUCAGAUGAAUUCACUCUGUUUGCUCCACUAACCCUAACCCCCUUAUCCCCCUCUGCCUCACCCUAUCUCCCCCUCUACCUCACCCUACCUCACCCUCACAGCACUGGCAGAUUCCACUGGGCCGAAGGUUCCGCUCUCUCAAGAUGUGGUUUGUGUUCCGGAUGUAUGGGCUCAAAGGCCUUCAGGACUACAUCCGUAAGGUAACAGCAAAGCACAUAAACAGCUUUGGUUCCCUUCCCUUCCUCUGUCUCUGUCUGUCAAUCAAAUCAGCCUGGUCUGUGUCUGUCUAGCUCUACCAGUAAAUGAAGCACAAGCAGCAGCAACACAUAAGGCCUCCAGCCAUACACUGAGCCAUACUGCAUUCAUCUACUGUCUAUAUUAGAUAGAAAAACUCCAGUAAAGCAGAGACAUGUUUGUAAUCAAUUAUAUGUAGGCUACAGUUGUCUUUUUACAAAACAGUGCUAUUCAACAAUGACUACCGUAGCUCAGAUGACAUAGAAACGGAAAUGUCUCUGUAUGGGGCUUUUCCUAUCAUCUUGGUACAACAGCAUACAGUUUCUGAAUAGACAUACGAAUAGUAAGUUAAUUAUAGUGGACACACACGGACCAUUUAACCUCAUAGUGGUGGUGACCUACUGGCUGGGAAUGAAGAAGUGGAGUGGUCAGCUAAUAAUCAUAGUUAGAACCAGAGUUUUGGCCUCAUUAAUGAGUGAGUUGGCAUUGGAGUUAUUACUAAUAGUCCUGUCCUGGCUGUUCUCACUCAGCCUUUGGUUACAAAUACUGUACAUCAUCAUGUACUACUGUGUAAUUGUGAUUACAUGCAAUGAUACACGUUUCGAUUCUCAUUAAGCAUUCAAUGCCAUACACAGGGUACUUUGAUAAUUAGUGAAUGGAUUACAUGUUUAAUACUGUGGUGAAUAAGAGUUUGAACAGGGUGAGCUGGAAGAGGACAUGAUAUUUAGCUUGGAGCUUUCCCUCCAAGGAAGGUUGGACAGUUUGAUGACUAUUUCAUGGUUAUUUUCUUCAGAUUUCUGGACAUCUUCGUCCAAACAUAAAAGUACAUACUGACCUCGCCCAAAGGCCGGCAGAUGGCGAUACUGAGUUGUUUCAUCUUACCGUCCAAAGGGAAUCUAUGCAACCGGCUAUACACUUGUAUCCCCAGUGGACCAGUUCGUACAUAAAACAUUCUCCAUUCAGAAUGCAAAGGCGUCGAUUUCCUCCUUAACUUUAUUUAAUGGCGAGAAGGCCAAAAAAAAACGGGGAAAAUAUGCAUACUUUCCACCACCAUGCUAGAGUGGCUAGAUGCAAUUCCUGGAUGUUGCGUAUCACGUUCAGCCAAUCAGGUUGCAGCAGACUGUUGUUUACCAUUGGUCUGAACACUGUAGGCAAUGUCAGGAAGUAGCAUUAGUCACCAUUUUGUCACCACUAAAUCAAGUUAAGGAGGAAAUCAAUGCCUUUGCAGCCUGAAUGGAGAAUGUUUUAUGUACGAGCCGGUCCACGGGGGAUACAAGUGUAUAGCCGGCUGCAUACUGUAGAUCCUCUUUGGACAGUAAGAUGAAAUGACUCAAUAUCGCCAUCUGCCAGCCUUUGGGCUAAUACUGACCUUUUAUGACUAGAUUCAUUGUCAAAGAACUUGUGCUUUUAAUUUCCAUACUAAAACUGAGAUAUCCCUGGUUGCGUGGGAAUACUAAACAACAAGGCAUUUUCUGUUAGAUUCAGGAAGGUGUAUGGAUAGGGCUAUGUGCUUCAAUGUUUAUGUAGUAUUUUCACAUGUCUAAUAGUUGUCAUUACAUUUUACAUUUACGUCAUUUAGCAGACGCUCUUAUCCAGAGCGACUUACAUGAGCAAGUAGGGUUAAGUGCCUUGCUCAAGGGCACAUCGACAGAUUUUUCACCUAGUCGGCUCGGGGAUUAGAACCAGCGACCUUUCGGUUACUGGCACAAUGCUCUUAACCACUAAGCUACCUGCCGCCCCUUUGGUUGAGCCUGGAGCCCUUCUCAAGGGUAAAUGAACAUUAAAGACAAUGUAGCUACUAUUCAUAGUUUCAGCAUUUGCUGGAAAAAAAAAAGGUUUAUUACAACAGCACCAACAGCAAGCUAGCUACCUGCUGUAAGGACAACAACCUCCAGGAAAAAUGAUUCAUUCAAAUUAAGUUACUAGGGUGCCACCUAGUGUCCAUAUCAAGAAGUUCACCUUAACCCAUUUCAAUCAGCAGCACCUCAGACUUGAGCGGAAGGCUGUCUAAGUAUAAAUUAAUGACUGUCUCUCUGCUUUCACAGCAUGUGGAGUUGGCCAAAGAGUUUGAGAGCCUGGUUCGCGCUGACCAGCGCUUUGAGAUCAGCGCAGACGUCGUCUUGGGGCUGGUCUGCUUUAGACUAAAGGUAAGACAAUUCAGCCAACUGUGAAUGUUAGUUCAACACAUGAUCAUCUAUCUUUGGACUUGACUAAAACUAUUUAUCUUUAGGUCUAUGGUAUAUAUUUUUAGUUGACGUUUUUGCACCUAUGCUUAUUAUGUAUUGUACACACUGCCGGCAUCCAUUUCUUAUUAGACUAUUGUUACAUCCCAAAUGGCACACUAUUCCCUAUAUAGUGCACUACUUUUGACCAGAGCCCUAUAGGCUAUAUAGGUAAUAGGGUGGUAUUUGGGACAAAAUCUAUCAGACCUUUCCUCCUAAAAGGGCUCCAACGAGGUGAACGAGACCUUGCUGAAGAGGAUCAACAAUGGCAGGAAGAUCCACCUGGUGCCGUGCCAGCUGUCUGGUCAGUUUGUGCUGCGCUUCGCCAUCUGCGCCCGCACCACCGAGUCACGCCACGUCCGCGAGGCCUGGCGACUCAUCACACAGCUGGCCAAA